GGCGGAGCGGAGCUGCGCGUCAUGGCCGCCGGGCGGCUGCCGCCGAGCGCCCUGACUCUGAAGCAGUUCCUGAGGCGGCAGCAGGUGCUGCAGCUGUACCGAAAGAUCCUGCGGGCUGUUCGCCAAGUCCCCGCCGAAGCAGAUCGCCAGUAUCUGAAGGACUGGGCCAGAGCGGAAUUCAGGAGAAAUAAGGAUGCUACGGAAGAGGAUGCAAUCAGGAUGAUGAUUACUCAAGGCAACAUGCAACUUCAGGAACUUGAAAGAACACUAAAGCUAGCAAAAUCCUGAUCUUAAUUUUGUUGUCAGAUGAACAAAACGAGUAUUUCUUCCAUAAUGUGGUUGUAAUAGCAGCAUUUGCUACAACCUGGUAAUGUGUGACAGUGGAAUCUACCACAAGGGUGGGGUGGUUUUUUUUUAUUUUUUGCCCCUCCUCUUCUACAUUUUUUACCCUUCCUGUGGAGAUCAGUCAGACACAACUGAACAGGUGAUGCAGCAAGUGCUAUGGGAAAAGCAGAAAGAACCAAAGAUUACACCAGCAGUGUUAUGCCAGGGAAACGGAAAAUAAAUACAUAAACCAGG